GCUCGCAACAACUCAGCGUAUCCUGCACAUCCAGAGAAAGCUUUCUUUCAACGAGAUUGCAAGUGUUCCAGCUACGCCACUGCAAUUAGGCCGAGCUGCCAUUACUCGGUAUGAGUCCCCAGCAUGCCAGCACCCAUGGGGUCUCUGACGCCGACGUCAACGUAUACGACCCUCAGCCAAGACCCGAGAGCCAGGAAGAAAGGACAGGAGAGGGUUUUGCGGAACAGGAGUCUGUCGACGAACGUGAUGCCAUCGCGCAAGAUGCUCGCAGCGAACACGAUGGAAACAGGGAACGACAGCUGACGCAAGAAGAGCAAGGAAAGGACGGUGGCCAAGCGCCUAAGAAGAGGGGCCUUUUUUCCAAAAGGAAAGGUGGAACGAAGCACAGAGAUGCAACUCCACUUUCAAACCUGAGCACCUCUGGACAUAGAGACGGAUUACCCUCAAACCCGUUCAGCGUCACCGUAGCAAAUUCGUUCACCACAUUCCCGCCUCCGCCUAGAGUGGCCCAGCAUGCCACUCGCAUGGAGCAGCGUCGCGCACAUCGCGAGUGCGAUGCCGAAAGAGCUCCUAGCAUGAAAUUGGACGGCAGUAAAGGUCCGGGACAUGGACAGAAUCUAGUCCAGCGGGCCAUAUCAAUCGCCGAGUGGGAAGACGACGGAAAAGAAGACCAUAUCGCCGGAAGUCGUCACUUUCAUGACGUGCAGCGGCACCCUGCCGCUAGGAGACUGAAUGCCAUUGGUCGCGAUAUGUUCGAGGGGGGCAAUGGUCACAUAGAUGCGCAGUUCUCGAGGAUCUCUCCUGAAUACGCAGCGCAGAUUGCCGUCAACCGAGCGCGGCUUGAUCGGAUAUAUUAGUGGCGAGACAGUAUGGGAAUUCCUCUCGCAUGGAUGUGGUCUCAGGCGAUGUAGUGCAAGGUUGCAAACGUAGAUGUGUACAGUAAUCUGAGUUGCCCUAGGGUAGGCAUUCGAUCCCGGCUGGUGCAAGCCUUCGCUCACGUCUGAUCUACAUGUUGAAACAAGAUCGAUG